UCCGCUACUGCCGGGUGGCAUCAUGGCUGUGUUCAUCGUUGCUCUCCUGUGCUUGCAGGUGAUGGGUGCUUUAGGGAAUGAAUUUAGCAUAUUAAGGUCGCCAGGGUCUGUUGUAUUCCGAAAAGGAAAUUGGCCCAUACCAGGAGAUCGAAUCCCAGACGUGGCUGCAUUGUCCAUGGGCUUCUCUGUGAAAGAAGACCUAUCUUGGCCAGGGCUUGCAGUGGGUAAUCUCUUCCACCGGCCACGGGCUACCAUUAUGGUGAUGGUGAAGGGAGUGGACAAACUGGCUCUCCGCGCGGGCAGUGUCCUCUCCUACCCUUUGGAGAAUGCAGUUCCUUUCAGUCUCGACAGUGUUGCGAGUUCCAUCCACUCCUUAUUUUCUGAAGAAACUCCUGUGGUUUUGCAGUGGGCUCCCAGUGAGGGAAGAGUAGAUAUGGUGGGAAAAGCAAACUCUGUUUUUGAAGACCUUUCAGUCACAUUACGGCAACUAUGUAAUCGUCUGUUUCAAGAAAACUCCGUCCUCAGCUCUCUUCCCCCCAAUUCUCUGAGUAGGAAUAAUGAAGCUGACCUGCUCUUCCUUUCUGAACUGCAAAUGCUACAUGAUAUUUCGAGCUUGUUGGCUCGUCAUAAGCAUCUAGCCAAAGAUCAUUCUCCCGACUUGUAUUCAUUGGAGCUGGCGGGAUUGGAUGAACUUGGGAAGCGCUAUGGGGAAGACUCUGAACAAUUCAGGGAUGCCUCUAGGAUCCUUGUGGAUGCUCUCCAAAAGUUUGCAGAUGACAUGUACAGUCUCUAUGGUGGGAACGCAGUGGUAGAGUUAGUGACUGUCAAAUCAUUUGAUACAUCCCUUGUGAGGAAGUCAAGGACCAUCCUUGAGGCAAAACAAGAGACCGCCCCAAAUCCCUAUAACCUUGCAUAUAAGUAUAAUUUGGAGUAUUCAGUGGUUUUCAACUUAGUACUGUGGAUUAUGAUUGGCUUGGCCUUGGCUGUGAUCAUCACCUCUUACAACAUUUGGAAUAUGGAUCCUGGAUAUGAUAGCGUCAUUUACAGGAUGACAAACCAGAAGAUUCGGAUGGAUUGAGUUUUCCUUAUACUACACUUAGAUAACAGGU